AUGCUCCGCCUCCGAAAUUGCAUUCUUCCACAUCUACUCUCCUCGUCCCGCGGCUCCACCUCCUGCAUCGCCCCCCUCCAUCGCCUCCUCUCCGGUUCCGCCGCCGCCGCGAGCAACCCCUUCACGGUCGCCGACUACCUCGUCGCCAGAUGCGGCCUCUCCGGAGUGCAGGCCCUCAAGGCAUCCAAAAGUAUCCCCGGCCUCAGGUCUCCCUCGAAGCCCGACGCCGUCCUCGCCUUCCUGGCCGGCCUCGACAUCUCCGGCACCGACCUCGCCACCGUUGUCGCCGACGUGGGGAAGACCCUGUCCCCCCGCGUCGCCGAGCACCGCAGCCUCGGCCUGUCGAGCCACCAGGUCGGCCAGGUAGUACUCGCCGCCCAGACCCGGUUCCGCAGCCGCUCGCUCCGCCGCAAUUUUGAAUUCUGGCUUGGGGUCUUCGGCUCCUUCGACGAGCUCUUGCGGUUCUUCAAGAUGAACGGCAGCCUCCUCAGCGUCAGCCUCGAGAAGGUUGCCAAGCCCAACCUGGCCCUCCUUCAGCGAUGCGGGAUGGAGAUUUCCGAUAUUCCCAACACUUUCUUGUCCCGGAUACUUGUCAGGAGCACUAAGCACCUCCAGGAAACUCUGGCACGCGUUGCCGAGUUGGGAAUCCAGCAGGGCUCGUGGGCGUUCCCCUUCGCGUUCACGAGGUUUGCGAUCUUCAACCGUGAGAAGCUGGAUAGUAAGAUGCAGCUGUUUGAGAAGCUUGGGUGGUCGAGGGAUGAUAUAGCAUCAGCAGUGAGAAAGGCGCCAAAUAUCCUGAACUUAGCUCCGGAAAGGGUUCAUAAAAACUUGGAUUUUCUAAUGGGUGAUGUUGGGUUGCAGAUGCCAGACAUUGUGUAUCGGCCAGUGUUGCUAUUGUAUAGUGUGGAGCGUCGGUUGUUGCCGCGUUAUUACUUGAUGAAAUUUCUCAAGGACAGGGGAUUGAUGACAUCUAGUUUAAGCUUCAGUACUAUUGCAUUGAUGGGCAAUGAUAAUCUUCUGGGUAAACUUGUGCACCCUCACGAGAUGAGUGUCCCAGGUUUUGCUGCUGCUUAUGCUUCUAGCUGCGCUGGAAAACACCAAUGGGAGCUCCUUGGCGACGUGACAAAGGGAAAGAGGAAGAGCUAA